CUCUUCGUAGAACGGCCCAAAGGCGUUGGUGGUGGCUGGCGUCCGUCCGAAGAUGCAUCGCUCCUCAGCAGCAGCAGCAGUAACUCCGCUGUACCAUUAAACCAAAAAUACACCCGGGAACGAAAGCGAAAUAGCGGCGGUGUUUGCGGCUCAGGCGGCGCCGUAGUGUCUGCGCAGCGAGAUGGGAGACCAGAAGGAAUCUCUGCGUAAGAUCACCCACACACUGGCCAUGAAGAAUGACGAGAUUUCAAAUUUCAUCUGCACCCUCAAACAGAGCCUCGACAACCUGGAGGCGAACUCUACCCGAGUGCAGGACGACAUGCAGGCGGAGUUCACUUCCCUCCACACGGUUCUGGACGAGAUAAAGGAAAACAUGCUGACACGCAUCAAACAGGAGAGAGCCAGUCGCACCUAUGAGCUGCAGAGUCAGCUGGGCGCCUGCUCCAAAGCCCUGGAGAGUUCAGAGGAGCUGCUGGAGUUUGCCAAUCAGACGCUCUGCUCCUCUGAGACAGACGGUUUCACUCAGGCGGCCAAAGACAUUAAGGAUAGUGUGACAAUGGCUCCAGCCUUUCGCCUCUCCCUGAAGGCUAAAGCCAGUGACAACAUGAGUCACUUGAUGGUGGAUUUCAGCCAGGAGAGGGAGAUGUUGCAGGGACUCAAGUUUCUGCCAGUUCCUGCCACUCCAGAGAUCCAAGUGUCCGAGUGCCAGGUGUGUGACAACACGGUGACUGUAGUGUGGACCUUACCAGAGCCUGACAGUAAGAUAGACCACUACAUACUGGAACAUCGACGGACAAACCAUGAGGGUCCACCACGCAUCAGAGAGGACUACCCCUGGAUGGUGUUGGAGGGGAUACGAGAGAUGGAACACACACUGACGGGUCUGCGAUUUGACACUCGUUACAUGACGUUCAGAGUGAGAGCGUGUAAUAAGGCUGUGGCAGGAGAGUUCUCUGAGCCAGUUACACUGGAAACCCACGCUUUCACCUUCAAACUGGACGCUGCUUCAGCCCACCAGAACCUAAAGGUGGAGGACUUGAGCGUGGAGUGGGACAGCAGUGGAGGGAAGGUGCAGGAGAUCCGCAAAGAGAAGAACCGAAUCAACUCCCCAAUGCACUCUCCGGCAAGGUCAGCCCUCAUGUCUCCUAAGAGAGGACCAACCGCUCGGCCAGGCAGAGACAGGUUUACAGCAGAGUCCUACACAGUGCUGGCUGAUACCACGAUUGAUGCUGGCCAGCAGUACUGGGAGGUGCGAUUCGACAAGGAGAGCAAGGCCUUCGCUGUUGGGGUCGCCCUGCGGACCCUCGGUCGAUUUGACCAGCUGGGGAAAUCCAGCGCCUCCUGGUGCAUCCAUCUGAACAACUGGCUGCAGCAGAGCCUCACAGCCAAGCACAACAACAAGGCUCGAACACUGGACUGUCCGAUCCCAAGCCGUAUAGGCAUCUACGUCAACUAUGAUGAAGGUUUAUUGUCUUUCUACGAUGCCAAAACUAAGCAGCUGAUGCACACCUUCAAAACCAAGUUCCCACAGCCUGUGAUUCCAGCUUUCAUGGUUUGGAAUGGCACUUUCUCAGUCGUGACGGGCCUGCAGGUGCCCAGCGGGGUGCAAAGUGGCCAGAGGAGGAACAGCGGCACCAGCAGCUCCAACGCCAGCCUUACAUAGAUCCAUCCACUCUGCCUGCUGGACCACUCACCAGCUGUGUCUGACCGCAGUCACUCACCGCAGAGCAUCUCCUCUGCUGUGACUGCUCGCAGCCAUAUCAUGGAAGUAUGGAGUAUGAUGGUCAAGCCCGUUCCUCAUGUAUGUGUUGCAUGACAACAACGAAUGGUAAAGGGAACAAAUGAGUCAUCCACGCACUCAGAAGUCUUCAUCUGUACCACUCUGGCUGUUGUGAUUGCUUGGGGCACAUUAGGUGUAAUCUUACUAGUUUACCUCUCUCUUCAUUUAUUUAGCACUGUCGCACUGCUGCUUGAGCAAAGAUUUAGCGCUGGCCGCUGCCCUUUCAUCAUUCCCUCCUUCCUUUCAUCACCAAAUCUAUCAGUCGUACUGUCACGCAGCAGGCUGCAGGCGCAGGUUCGAGCCCUCACCUGUCUGCUCUCUCUCCCUGUGCCUUCAUUGUCAUUUCCACUCUGACCAGGCCAAAUCUUUAAUAUUAUCUGUACCAACCUGCUAAUUUUCCUUAACAGCAAUUGGUCUCCUUUUUUCCAAUUUCAGAGCAAUGUAUUGUGUCAGUGUCAGUAUAACCUAUCGUAGCUUAGUGGUAAUCAUCGCCUUCUGAAUCCAUAUACAGUAUAUUACUCAAAGAAUAACCUGCUCUUAGACCAUGCUGCUCAACAGAAUGUAGUCCAUCACUGAAUCAGGACUCAUUAAGGAUCAUAUGAGAUGAACUGCACCCGUUAGGGACGUCGUAUUUGAAUUCUUGCCAAGACUUUAUGGUGUUAACUGCAUUUUCACGUUGUAGUGAGGACACACACUUUUCUCUGUAUCCUUAAACCUCCUGCUGAGGUUCUGAGAAGCCUCAUUUCCACCGAGGGAUACAGUUCAGUUCAGCACAUUAUGCACAUAUUUGUUGUUGAAGGGUAGCGACUACAUGACCGAUCUCUACCGUCCCAUUUAAAGCAGCCUUCUUGUUGGUUCACUUAGCACACAGUGGUCCAGCACCUUUAACAGUGGAGGUAGAUGCACUGCAGGCUGUUGAUUGACAGAGUCAACUCUUCUGAGUUAAAAGGAAUGGGGAAAACCUUUUCAAUGUGUUGUGCAUUAUGACAUAGAAGACAACUGUUGUACUGAGAUGUUAUCUCACUCUGUUUAUGUAGCUGACAUGGCGAUUGUCAUUCAGCCCACAAACCCUGCAGUGGAAAGCCACAUCAGUGUUUUCUGUUCCACAGUGGGCUGUGGUGACCUGAACUGUUCUGUUCUACUUGGUGGAAAUGCAGCUUUUGUGUUAAACGAGUCACGUGACGAUGGAAAUGGCUAUACUCCAUACAUUAUAUUCGCCUGACUGCACUCUAGGGCUUGUAUGUUUAGUAUGUGUGUGUCGAAACCCAAUAACACAACUUCAUCUACAGAGAGAUGAGUCGUGGGCUCGCUGUAGAAUAACACCUAGCUUUCCAGUAGUUCCAGCUAACAAAUGAUAUGAGAGUUAAUCUGAUUUUUAAUUUGUCAACUUGAUGAGAAACUAAAGUGUGAACCCUGAACAUUGUUAACUGACAUUUUUGAAAUUAGUUAUGCACCAUGUAACCCCCGAGUAGCGUCCAUGUCAGUCUCACUUUUCCAUGUUGCUCCCUCUGAAUGCAUAACUGUAGCCUGCAAUGCUUUGAAGAAGCGUCCAGCUGAGAAUUACGUACAUUAGCUUUAUUUCACAUGUCACAUUUUAUUGUACAAAGUUGAAUUUUUCUUUCCACUAUAAUCCGCCAUUGAGGUAAUAAAGGAGUGAGAACAA